AUGCAUAAUGAAGACGUUAAGCGUAUAACAGAAGGUUUUAUUUCUGAUUCAAAUGUGUCCUUGCAAACUUACUUAGAGCAGCUGGUCUUUGUAGUUGAGAAUAAUAUCAAUGGAAUAUACCUUUUGGGAGAAAUCAAGAAAACAUAUAUUCUACUUUUUGCAGUGCUGGCUCUUCAGUGCUUUCUUGUUUCUAAUUUCUCUGGUCCCAAUUUACCUUUUGAAAACACUUACGAUGAGACAGGAUUUCUUUCACUACUUCUCACUGGAAAUGAAGAAUUUAACAAGAGACUGCAAUUACAGUCUUUAUCUCUUUUGUCAAUUUCUGGAUUGUCGCCAUAUCAUUUGACGGAGUCACCUGUUCUACUUGUUUUGGCAUUGAAAUUUUUUGAAAAGUUACAGGGUGCUAACAUUUCUCUGCUGGAUUCAAGUAACGUCAAACUUGAAUCUGACGCUCUGGUUGAAAAUUCGUUUGAUAGUGAGAGCAUCAGAAAGGAUGAUCCACAUUCUUUCAUAGUGGGUGCACUGUGUUGGUGGAGAGCUAGAGCUUUGCAAGUCCAACAAUCCCUUUUGCCUGACGUAUCUUCAGAGUUGACUUCACUUUCAUUGUUGUUACUUUCUAACAAGACAGUUGAUUCUCUAGUAAAUCAGUCGACACCUAAUUCAGAAACUAACCAAAGCUUACUCAUUGAAUACUACUUAGAAAAAGCAAACAUUUCGAUUGCUGGUGAACUGGAAUCACAAACCUUGGAAGCGAUAUUAAAUGCAAAUAAAGUGUCGGGCCUCUCACUAAUUCUUACAGGUUGUAAAGCCAAGAUGACUAAAUACCAACAAAAGUCUACAGCAACGUUAACGGUACUUGCAAAAUCACAUGAUGCAUUGCUUAGAUCAGAACAAAACGAGCAAAGCUUCAACCCUCAGGAUGUGAAAUUGAAUGACGAUCUUUUUCUAGAAAUGCCACAGUAUGAUUCUUUGGGAGACUCCGAGCUGCUUAAUCAAAAUGAAAGCGAAGACAACGAAUUUAUAAAAAGAAUAAAACUUGAUUUUUCUAGUUUGGCUUCUUUUGAAAGCUCAUUGCCGUCAACAAAAGACAAGCUAUUGCCAACUGCAACCAAUGAGUCUGACAUCCCUGAAAAACUUUCCGAUAUUGAUUGUAACAAACAACCACGCCUUGCGAAUUUAGAUUACGUCCAAUUGAUCCUAAGGAUGCAAGCUAUUUUAAAUAACACUCCAUCAGAUAAUGCUCUAGUUAAUGAAGAAUUAAUUGCCAUCAUUCAAAGAAUUUUGUUUACUACAGAAAAUACUGUAAACUGGCUAGUUUUUUCAAGAGCUUUAUGGUACCGGUCAUUAUUGGAAACAGCAAGACCUCGCACAGUAGAGAGAGGUAUUUUACAGUUAUACUCUUUGGUGGAAGAAUUAGGUGUUACUGGUGACAAAACAGCAAGAUUGUUUCCGAAGACCGAAGAUGAGGUUAAAUUUUCAGAAGAAUUCAAAAACUUGACAAGUAUCGAGAAACCUUUAAUCAACUCCAUAAGGCUAAGAUACAUUUACUUGAUACCGCUAAUGCCAAAAUGGUCAAUGGAUUCUAAGCUUGCUGAAAAACUUGUCGAGCUAGGGGCUUUCAAAAGUGCUCUUGAAAUCUAUGAACGACUAGAAAAAUGGGCCGAUGUGGCUUUAUGUUACGCUUCAACUGGUGAUAAGGCACGUAGUAUAAUGUUCAUUAAGAAAGCAUUGGAUAAAGAUCCUAAAGAUGCUAGGUCAUGGUCCGUACUCGGAGAUAUCGAGAGUAAUCCCGAAUAUUGGAAUAAAGCAUGGGAGGUAGGUAGAUAUGCAAAUUCCAAGAGAAGUUUGGCAAAAUAUUAUUACAACCCGCCUAAAGAUUCCGGUGUCACCAAAGAUCUACAAAAGGCAAUCGAUAAUAUGUUUGAAUGUCUUACUGCCAAUCCUAUUAACUUCGACAACUGGUUUUUUUAUGGUUGCAUGGGUUUAGAAAGUGGCAACUACGAGCUUGCAGCCGAAGCUUUUACUAGGUGUGUAUCUCUAGAUGAUACCAACUCAUACUCUUGGUCAAACUUAGCCUCAGCGCUUAUACAACUUGAUAAACUUUCAGAAGCUUUCACCGCAUUACAAAAAUCAGUCAAUUCUGGAGAUUCUGCAAAAAAGUCGUGGAAGAUUUGGGAAAACUACAUGCUUGUAGCUGUUAAGCUAGGCAAAUGGGAUGACGUUCUAUACUCUUCUAUUAUUCUUUUGAAUCGUAAAAAAGAGUUAGAGCAUGAUGAUUCUUCAAUUGAUUUACCAGUCCUAGAAAAACUUGCUGAAUUAUUGAUUUCGGAGCCAUUAGAUGCCAGUAAAAGAGAAACUUAUUAUCAAAAAACCUGCACCCAGUUCAUAUGUGAAAUGAUUCCAACUGUUGUGCUCCAUGAUGCCAGAAUAUGGAGAAUUGUUGCUAAAGUUGAUUUAUGGAGGAAUAAACCCUGGCUAGCCCUUGAGGAUUAUGAAAAAGCGUAUCGUGCAGUAACGAAUAAUCCAGAUUUGAGUACUGAUGAAAACAUUUGGAAAGAUGCGGUUGAAGCUUGUACAGAAUUGAUUUCCGCAUACGAAAACUUUGGCGAAUUAGAAGGAAGACAUGGUGCUGGAGAUCUCGUUUGUAAAGACUGGAAGUUCAAAGCAAAAAGCACAGUCAGAAGUUUACUUUCGAAAGGUAAAUCUACCUGGGAAUACACUGAUGGUUACGAAAAACUACAAGAACUCAAAGCGGAAAUCAUGAACCUCUAA